CAGAAAAGAAAUAAUAAAUUACACAACGAUGGCGGUGAAAGGAAAGGCCCCGUCCUCAAAGGUACUCGCGAAACCUGGCCAGCAGGCGAUCAAAAAGGCAGUCCCAACAAAAGAAGAGCUGAGCUCCGAUGACGACCAUAUCGACGAGGAUAUGGACAGUGAGGACAUUGAAUCAGAAGAGUUUGACGAUAAUUUAGAUGAUGAUGACACCGACGACGACGAGGAGUCUGCGGAGGACGACGGGGAGUCUGCGGAGGACGACGGGGAGUCUGCGGAGGACGACGAAGUAAUGCCAGCAAUGGGUACGGCCAAAAAGUCACCGACUGAUAAGGCCCUGGCUGCCAGGAAGACGCCGGCCAGUGUGGGAAAAAGUGCACCGGGGAAAGCGGAAACACCGAAAACACCAGCCAAAUUUGUUGCUCUCGGGGAACGCGAUAAGCGUUCCGUGUUCCUCAAGCAUGUCAGGCAUCAGACGACCGAGGCCCAGAUUGCUACGUUCUUCGAAAGUGUCGGCAAGGUUAUCAAAAGCCGCAUUGUGCGAAGCAAAGGCUUCGCGAUUGUACUGUUCGAUAAACCGGAAGCGGUUGAAAAGGCGCUCACCCUCAGCCAAGAGUGUUUGAACGGCGAUGAGGUUGUAAUCGAACGGUGCCAGUCCAACGUGGAGAAGCGAAAGCUUAAGAAUCGCAAGCAAAAGUUGAGACAAAAGCAAAAAGGAAAGACGUCCGCAGAAACAUCCAGUACGCCAACCCAGAAAACGAAGCCUGCUUCUGGAGGCAAACAGCAACCGAAGGGGCAGCAAAAAAAGAAAGCGGCCUCCGUAAAGCAGCAAGGUGCGCCAUCCGUUAAAACCCCUUUAAAGAAGGAAACCAAGCUGGUCAAGAAAGGAAAUGCUGCUCAGGCUACAAAGGGUCAGCCACAGAACAAGAAAUCGCCGAAUGCUAAAAAGGGAAAGAAACAACCAAACACAAAGUGAAGUGAAACACAAAGCGUGUUCAAAGUACGGUGUAUCAAUAAAUUACA